CAAGCGUCGGAAACAGUUUACUUGCCUGUUGCGUGCUACCAGCGCAUGCUUAGUUCCACGCGCGGCGUCGAUUUAAUUUUAGAACCAUACACAAGAUUGUGUGUAGGGUCGAAAACCGGUUCGUAAUUUUGGUGGAUUUCGUGAAUUUAUUAGCCGAAUGUAUGCAAAAUUGUCGCCCACAAGAAAAAAAAAACAAAACAAUCUACCAUACUAGGGAAAAUAGUGCAAGUGUCAUUGAAUGUAAAAUAUCUCAAGUAAUUGAAAAGAACAUAGUUCAGUGUCAGAUAACGUUAUAAUCUGCAAUAACUGAUAACACAAUGAGCUUGAUCUAAUCAGUGUGAAUGGUUUUUGGUCGGUCAAUCAACGAAAUACUUGUUCAAACCACAAUCAUAAUCAUGGAGCAUGUAAGACUGUGUUAUCAAGUAUAGAAUGAACGAAAUUAAUCGAGCUCUCCUCUCUCACAACAACUCACGCAAGACUCAUAUCGAAUCAUCGUAUAAACAUAAAGUUCGAAACCAAUCGCAUGUUAUAAACACACGGUUGUCUGUUGCUAGAACAAAUCACAUAAUGCCUAAAAGGAAUCAGCUGAUGGUGCUGAUUCACAUAAUCACAAUGCAUGCGGUUUACUAGCGGAAAAAAACAAUUUGUGCUUUUCUAAAGUAAAAUAUACUUUUAAAGUUUGCCAGUAUAUUUGUUCAAUAUACAGCUGAACAUAAGAAGGUUGAGUCAAAUAUUUGUGCGACACAGUGAACUCGCAGUAGUGGUUAUUAUUUAUUACAAAAUAAUGACGAAUUUAAAAUUCGCGAGGGAAUAGAACAGACUCUUUACAGUUGAAUUUUUUUCAAUUUAUUUUAUACCUAUCGUGAACAAUGCUUAUCACAGUCAGUAACUUGAGUGGUUACUGGCUUAUUUGACACUAUUGUAAUGCACUAUAUCGGUACGUUUUGUUACUAGGUCUUAGCCAAUCAGAUAAUGAACUGCCUGGUGUCGAAUACCACAGCUAAGCCAAACGAGGUCAUCAGGGCUAUCAAAAUAAAACAAGUAAACAGACAAAUAAUUUGAAAGCAAAAAAAAUAUUUGUUUUGUGGCUUCAUCAAAAGUAAACAGUUCGCACGAAGAGUAAUUUAUCAGUUUCAAUUUUCUAGACGUUUCGUCUUCGUCUCGUCGGUGCAUAACAAUUCGAAUUGAUAGUACCGUCUAGCAUCUUCAACUUGAGCCGCAUAGUUAGACGUAAAAUUGAACUCCCAUUGGACAACACUUUUAAUGUACUAACAAAAGUGUGGCUUGGAAGUUGGAUUACAUCUUUGUUUGCUAUCAAGUGGUGCGAGUUUAAAAUACAGAAAAUAAACAGUGGUCAGAUUUUGAACAACGGAUGCCAAGCAGAUUUUCAAUAUUAUUAAAUCUACUGCUUGGAAAUAUUUCUACGCAUCAGUUCAAAUAAUCAGUCGUGUUUCAGACUGAGUAACAUUCGGCAGUUGACGCUUGUCGCGUACAGAAGAUAAGUUCUACUCUUUGCUGGGAACGGACGACCGAAAGUAUUUUUUCAAAGAUCUGAAAUAUGUGUUUUAAGCAGUGAUUGAGGAAACCUCAAAAUAGUAAACAUAUUAGUGAUAAAAGUGUAGUUCAUUAGUAUAUUGCAGUACAAACGCCAUAGAAGUGCCAAAAGAUUGUGAUAAUUUCAUAUAGAAAAACUAUUUUUUUUGUAAAAAUGCCUAUGAAGGAAUGGAUCUACCGAUUUCAACCGUUACAGUUAUACAUUGUCCUUGUAUUAUCGAUACUAUACUUUCUAGUGCAACUAUUCCUUAGCCACAUCUCUCACGCCUUGGUGCUGUUGGUAGACUCCUAUCACAUGCUAUGCAAUAUAAUUGCGCUUAGUGGCUAUAUACUAACAAUAAAGCAUAGUAAAAAAUCACCAUCAUCUAGAGCGUGUCACGAGCAGGUAUCCGUCUCUCAAUUCGCACUAGAUCAUGCUAGUGACGCAUGCUUUGUUGAACUACCGGCACAAGCACAGGGUAUACAAGCCCUGACUGAGCCAUCACCAAAUCCGGGAGAGUCUAGUCCAGCCAGUGUAAAAUUGAAAGUUAAAACGAAGAGUCGCCAGCAGCGGGAAAGCAGUUUACGGAACACUUUCGGCUGGACACGUAUCGAUGUUCUUACGAUGCUAGUUGUUUGCAUUUUUCUAGCAUCCUUCUGUUUCUCUGCCGUUGUGGAAGCUUUACAAACACUUUCCCAUAUUCAUCAUCAAGAUGCGAUGCAUUAUCCCAUUCCGGUAUUGAUACUGGGAUCCUUGGGAAUUAUUUUGAAUGGGUUCUGCUAUCUGCUGAUAGGUGGCUAUACGUACCAUCAGGGUAGCUUCCUGUAUAUCACAUCCAAUGGCAAUGUAGUGCUUGAUCGCGUUGUAACUGGCGACGGUAUGCGGAGAGGUGAACGACGGCUUUCUGGUUCACGCAAACACAUGGCUGCAUUAUCGAGUGUGCCGUACGAGUCUACCAAACGACAAAGUGUUCGAGAAAUGUUGAGAGAUAUUUGCAGUACCCUGUUUGUAAUCGUGUGUUCAGUGAUAGUGCACUACACGAACGAAGAUGAAGAUACAUCCAAAUUUGUAGAUCCACUAUGCUCCAUCGUAUCCUGUGUUGUUUUACUAUCGCUAAGUUAUCCUUAUAUGAAGGAAUCAGGAAUGAUCCUAUUGCAGACAAUUCCUGAUACGAUCGAUAUCGACAUAUUCGAGAAGUCACUCUUGGGGACAUUUCCUGACAUUGUCAGCGUGCACGACCUACACAUUUGGCAGCUAAGCUCAAACAAGUAUGUCUCCACGGCUCACAUCAUCUUUGAGACACCAAAGGUAUACACCGCGAUUAAUGAUCGAGUUAUCGACUUUUUCCACGACCAGGGUAUCAAUCAGGUCACGAUUCAGCCGGAAUUCAAAACAAUUCUCCCAGUGUUACCGCUUCUAGUUACUCCAACUGAUACUACCGGACCAACCAGCACUAGUUUAUGCUUGAUGCAGUGUCGUCAGGUGACUUGUCUACAGAAACACUGUUGCGAAGGGAUUAUCAAAGAUGAUAACAAAAAACCUCCUUCACCGAUAUUACCAAAUUCCAGAGAUACUGCUUCAACUCCAUCGACUGAUUGUAAAGAAAUCGAAGAAAUACCCUUAGAAAUCCAGAAUAAUACAAAUGUCGACGAUAGUGCCAAUAUUGUAGUACAAUCUGUACCCGAAAAAUCUCAAUCUAAUAUGGCGGAAAUAGUAAUAGAAAAUGACAGUGAACAUCUGACUAACUGUACAGAGUUAUUAAACAAAGAACUCCAAAAAUAAAAAUUUCAAAAAUAAAUAUGCUGAAUUUGCUAUUGAGCAAAAUAUGUAAGAAAAUUGUUGUCGAUAGUACAUAACGUCGAACCAAAGAUAACAAUAAAAUACAGAGAUUCUAAAUCUCGAA